AUGCCUCCUAAAAAGUCUGGGUCUGCAAAGAAAAAGACUGAAAAGUCUGCUCCUGAGCUGGCGGACACGAUUGAAAUGAGUUUGGAAGACCAGCUCCUCAAAGCAAACCUUGAAAUGAAAUCGCUACAGUACGAAAUAGAAAUGAAAAAUGAUUUGAAUGUCCGGCUACGACAGCAACUCACUGAGCAUAAACAAAAAAUCAAUGGAUUAGAGAAUCUUCUUGAAAUGCGAACACAAGAUCGAUUAGAGUUGUCAUCAGAUAUGAGUCGGCAGUACAAGACUAUGCAGUCGGAAAUGAUGACCAAAAUAGAAUCAUUGGAGAAAAAAGUAUUGGAUCUAAAGUCAAAACUGGCUUAUACCCAGCAUACCUAUUCUGAGGAAAAACGAAUAUAUGAGGCGACAAUGAUGGACAAAGAUGCAUUGAUCGAAGAACAGAACAUGAAAAUGACAUACAUGACAAACGAGUUUGAAGCCAUGUUGAAUGAAACACUAGGACGGAUGACCAAAAAACUUGAAAUGGCAAGUCAAAGAUGGAAAGACAAUGACCAUAUCACACUUUCUGAUGCGAAUGCAAAACGACUUGAAGACUUUCAAUUGAGUCGUAUUGCACUUGCAAAUAUUCAAAUUUAA